AUGAAGCUAUAUAUCCUGGGAUUCCUUUUAGCUAUUGUCUGGCAGGAGCAGCAUGUCAUCGCAUUUCAGAGUGGCCAGGUUCUCAAUGCUUUCCCUCGAACAACUAAACAGGUCAGACUUCUCCAGAACAUGACAAUGAUGUUUGAGAUUGUUCUCUGGAAACCAGAUGAUAUCGAGUUCAUUAAAAAGUCAGAAGAAGUCCAUUUCUACGUCAAUGAUUCUGAUGUGAGCAGUGUGAAAACCUUUUUAAACCAGAACAAAAUCAUAUUCAGGGUAUCAGUAGAAGAUGUUGAAGAUCUUAUUAGACAGCAAACCAUUAAUGACACCUUCAGCCCCCGAGCCUCUUCAUCAUACUACCAACAAUAUCACUCACUAGAUGAAAUUUAUUUCUGGAUAGAUGUUAUAACUGAGACAAAUAGUGAUAAGCUUGAAAAAAUACACAUUGGAUCAUCAUUUGAAAAGAGACCACUUUAUGUUUUGAAGCUUUCUAUAAAGGGAAAUACAUCAAGAAAUGCUAUUUGGAUUGAUUGUGGUAUCCAUGCCCGAGAAUGGGUGGCUCCAGCUUUCUGCCUGUGGUUCAUAGGUUAUGCAACUCAGUUUUAUGGGAAAGAAAGAAAAAUCACCAAGCUCCUGAAUCAUCUAGAUUUUUAUGUCAUGCCUGUGUUGAAUGUGGAUGGUUAUGAUUACACGUGGAAAACAAACCGAAUGUGGAGAAAGAACCGUUCCCGGCAUGAGGGAAAUCCAUGCUUUGGGACUGACCUGAACAGGAACUUUGCUUCUAAAUAUUGGUGUGAGAUAGGUGCAUCGAACUCAUCAUGUAGAGAAACUUAUUGUGGACCAUAUCCUGAGUCUGAACCAGAAGUAAAGGCAGUAGCUAAUUUCCUCAGGAGAAAUCUGGAUCACAUUAAAGGAUAUAUAUCUAUGCAUUCCUAUUCUCAGAUGGUACUGUUUCCAUACUCCUACACUACAAGCAAAAGUAAAGAUCAUGAAGAACUAUCUCUAGUGGCAAUUCAAGCAGUUGAAGCUAUUCGGAGAGUUAAUGAAAAUACUUAUUACAUACAUGGCCCGGGUGCCCAAACAAUCUAUUUGGCUCCUGGAGGUUCAGAUGACUGGGCUUAUGACUUGGGCAUCAAAUAUUCUUUUACUAUUGAACUUCGAGAUAAAGGCCAAUAUGGAUUCUUAUUGCCAGAACGUUUUAUCAGACCAACAGUGACAGAAAUUUUUUCAGCUGUUUCUACAAUAGCUUCUCAUGUCAUCCUUAAAACUUAAUAUGCUCUAUUUCAAAUAACUGAUUUCAUAAUAGCUGUACUCAAUUAUUUUUGCCAGAUUUAAAAAAUUUUAGUGUAUAUGAAGGAUUUUUCUACCCUUUCAUAUUUUUAUCAAAGGGAUAUAGUCAGCAUAAAUGCUCCUUGUUGGAGGCAGGGAGAAGGGGAAUAAGAUAAUGCAGUAUCUUAAAUUUUAUUUUAAAAAUAAUUUUAAAAGCCAUUCCUAUGUUCUUGCUGACUGGAAAUGAUACAUCAAUUUUUAAUGACUCAAUGAAGGCAUAGGAAAAAGUAUCUAUAUCUACUAAUUUUUGGUCCAAACUUUCAAGGAAUUUCUUCUGCACUUCAAAUAAAAGAAAGCAAUGUAUUACUUC